GUAAGUAUAAAAAAUCCUGUUAUCUGUCACUAUGCCUAAGGCUACCCAUACUUAUGCUGUUUGGGAUGUGACUUUAGUUACACUGGGCUCUUGUACAAGGGAAAUGGAAUAGCAGCCCUGUAGUGUGGAACACGUAUGUCCAGAAUUAUUACAAGGUUUUAGUUGCCUUUCGGCUAGGCCUUAUAAGACCAGACCUUUGUUAUUAUAUUAAAAAUUAGUUAGAAUUUUUUUUCUUGUAAACGAUACUUUUCCCAUCCAACACGAUAUUGGUUUAUAUGUUUAAUCCACUUGCUCCAGUUGCACCCUCCCAAGAUGUCGGAAUGUGACUCAAGUCUUCCAGAAGAACGUAUCUCUGAGAAUGAGCCGGCAGAGGAGAUUCCUGUCAUGUAUUAUGAAGAUGAAGAUUUAUUGGAAGACGAAGGCCGGUCUUCAGUACACAAGGCAAAGCUAUCAAUGAUGCAUAAGGAUUGCACUGAAGAUUUUAUCUCAAUAAAUGAGAAAGGAGAGACUUGCAGUCCCCACCGCUCCCUCCGAUUGACAACAGAACAUGAAAAUGACGCACAUGAAGAGACUGUAGCAGGAAAGUAUAUUUACACCCUAGAAGAACCUGCAGAGGGACCAUUCGGUAGAAUGGAUGCUGAGAGCUUCAGCAUUUACAACUCCAUAGAUCCCCAGACAGGGCAGGUCAUGGAGGUGACCACCUAUUUAUGCAUCGAGUGCGGAAAAAGUUUUACCGACAGGACCGUUUUUUUCAGGCAUCAGAAAUCUCACACGGUGGAGAAGCCGCACACAUGUAAUGUAUGUGGAAAGACAUUUUCCUACAACUCGCACCUUGUUAUACACCAGAGGAUCCAUGCUGGGGAAAGACCGUUUUCAUGUUCCUACUGUGGCAAGGGUUUCACUGACCGGCCCUCUCUUGUAAAACAUGAACGUAUCCACACAGGAGAAAAGCCGUUUGCAUGCACUGUAUGUGGCAAAUGCUUCACUGAUAGGUCUAAUCUGGUAAAGCAUCACAGGAUUCACACCCGGGAAAAGUCAUUCACAUGUAUAGAAUGUGGGAAAAGUUUCACCGACCGGUCAAACCUCGUCAAACACCAGCGCAUACACACUGGAGAAAAGUCUUUUGAAUGCACAGAAUGUGGGAAAAGGUUCACAGAGAACUCAACACUUGUGGUCCACAGGAGAAGCCACACUGGGGAGAAACCGUAUGCAUGCAAGGAAUGCGGGAAAACAUAUUCAUGUAAUUCUCAUCUUAUUGUGCACCAGAGAACUCACACAGGGGAACGGCCCUUUGUCUGCCGGGAAUGUGGGAAGAGUUUUACAGACAGUUCAACACUUGUGAUACAUCAGCGAGUACACACAGGAGAGAAACCGUUUGUAUGCAUGACAUGUGGAAACAGAUACACCAAGAAGUCAGCUAUGGUUAAACACCAGAGAACCCAUACUGGUGAAAAGCCAUUUGGUUGUUCUCAGUGUGGGAAAAGUUUCAUUGAUAGUUCAUCGCUUGUUAAACAUCAAAGGACACAUACAGGAGAGAAACCAUUUUCCUGUAUUCUCUGUGGUAGAAACUUUGCUGCCCGGUCUACUCUUGUUAAGCAUCAGCGGACACACACUGGGGAAAAACCAUACACAUGUACAGACUGCGGAAAAUCCUUCUCUUGCAACUCACACCUUAUCGUUCACCAGCGAUUCCAUACUGGCGAGAAACCGUUUCCAUGCACGGAAUGCGGUAAAAGCUUUACAGAUAGUUCAACCUUGGUCAAACACCAGAGAAUACAUACAGGGGAGAGACCUUUUGUAUGCAACUACUGUGGGAAAAGCUUUAUAGAUAACUCAACACUCAUCAAACACCAAAGAAUUCAUACAGGCGAGAGGCCGUAUUCGUGUAAGGUUUGUGGAAAGUGCUUCACCGAUAGUUCAACGCUGGUGAAGCACCAGAGGAUCCAUACGGGAGAGAAACCAUAUACGUGUAACGACUGUGGCCGGAGUUUCACUGAUUGCUCCACACUUAUCAAACAUCAGAAAAUUCAUAGGAGAGGAGACUCAUUAGCCAAUAACGUAGCUGAGAAGACUGGCUCUGGAAAUUUAGAUCAGGUUAUUGAUACAGAGUUGAAGUCAUAAAACUGGCAAAUGACAAGAAAAGCAGUGUUAAUAUGUAAGAUGGAGUAUUAAAGUAAGAGCCGAGUGCAAGUGUUGGAAAGCGGAGCUCCUUACUGAGUAGACUUGGUCACGUUUAACAAGUAUUCGAACACCCACCUACCUAGGCCGAGGGACGGGGAACGUUUAUGGAGAUAUCUUCAUUCUUAUCUUAUAUGCAUAUGGUUGGCUCCACAUAGUGCCCUGGCAUAACCAUUCAAGUACAUUUUAUAUUUUCCCUUUGCUCAAAUAUUUUCGAGACUUUCCUGUACUGGAAUGAGUCCAGCUUCAACGGGAUGGAAAAUGCACUUUGGUGGCAGAGUCUCCAAAGCCAAAAUGUUACACGUGACAGUGUAUUUAUGGACAAUCUCUCCAUUUCAUUAUGUACGAAUGUGUUCUUCUGGACAUUUUGUCAGUGCAUUUGGUUGUUUGUCAGUAUCAAGCAGAUCAUAUCAGAGGGUAAGGACUACGUACAGGGAGCAUGGUGAGACGUCAAAGUCAAAACUGAGAUAAGAUGAAACUAAGGGGCAAAUUCACUAAGCAACGAAGCACCUAACGUAAAUUCGCUAGUGUUACUUCGCACCCUUACGCCUGGCGAAUUUUCGCUACGGACGUAACUACGCAAAUUCACUAACGCGCGCAGU